CCAACUCGGACAGCUUAAACUCAAUCCGAACUCGGGAAGUUGAGCCUGAGUUACACCGAUUUAUGAACCUAGUUUGUCCCACUGUAGAAAAUUAAAAAAAAUCUCAGAUUCUUAUAGCACUUCUCGAUAGGCGGUUCGAGUUCGACUCGUCCUCCGCUUGGCGCCAUAGAUAGUACAAAUCUCGUUAGUCCAACUGUAAUUCAUGUCGGUGACUCGGCCGACACCGACUCAGAAACAACCAGCAAUUCAACAGCGGAGAGUUGUUAUAGAAAACAAGCACGGGGAGAAGCUUGUGGGGAUAUUACAUGAUACGGGUUCAAAGGAGCUCGUUGUGCUGUGCCAUGGCAUACAUUCUUCAAAGGAACGCAUACCUAUGGUGAACCUUGCUGCUGCCUUACAAAGAGAAGGAAUAAGUGCUUUCCGCUUUGACUUUGCUGGAAAUGGGGAAAGUGAAGGUUCAUUUCGAUAUGGUCACUAUCGGAGAGAAGCAGAUGAUCUACGAGCUGUAGUUCAACACUUUCAUGUGCAGAAUUAUGUAGUAACUGCAGUUGUUGGGCACAGUAAAGGGGGAAAUGCAGUGCUCUUGUAUGCUGCAAAAUAUAAUGAUGUUCAUAUGGUUGUAAAUAUUGCUGGUCGAUUUAAUCUGGAAAGGGGCAUUGAAGGUCGCUUAGGUAAAGAUUUUCUACGAAGAAUCAAGCAAGAUGGAUUUAUUGAUGUUAAGAACAAAAGAGGGACAUUUGAGUAUCGUGUGACCGAAGAAAGUUUGAUGGAGCGUCUAACAACUGAUAUGCCUGCAGCCUGCCGAUCAAUUAACCAGAAUUGCAGGGUUUUGACAGUUCAUGGAUCAAUGGAUAAAAUGGUUCCUGUCGAAGAUGCUUUUGAUUUUAACAAGAUCAUACCAAAUCAUAAAGUGUCCAUUGUAGAAGGAGCUGAUCAUGAACACACUUCACAUCAAAAUGAGUUGGCUUCAAUCGUGUUGGACUUCAUUAAGGAGGAUUUUCUCCAGGAAAAAUUUAUCCAUUCACGAUUUUGAUCCUCAACCCAUCAAAAGUUGAAAAUUUUCUUUUUCUGGUCUGGGGCGUCCAUGUCUGGCCAUGUAUUGGGAAAACGAUUUCAACUAUCAACUUUUGAAGACCAAUAUUUUAUUUGUUCACCA